AUGUGCCGGGUUUGCUAUAGUCUUCUUCUCAAAGGAGAGUUGGACGAGGCACAGGUUUCUAACGAACAAGAGGAAGGAAAAGAAGAGAGGCAAGAGGAAGAAGGCGAGGAGGAAUACUGUCGACCACCACCACCGCCAGACCCACCAAACAAGACUUUCGUUCAGCCUGCGCCUAGCCAUGAUGGUGCCCCAACCUUCGUGGCGUACAAAGUCUACGACACUACCCCAGACUCUGAAGGUGCACUCCGACUUUUGCGUCCCCCUUUUGGCAUUGUCGUCUACGAUACAACACAUACCGCCUGUCCGGCUCGUAGCGCCCGCCUCGCCCGUGCUUUGUUUGACUGGACCUGGCGGAUACGCAAGAUACACUCUAGACCAGACAGAAUCGAGGUCGUCACGCUACCUCUACCGCAAUCCUUAUUAGACGUCGAACGCAUAGAGGCUUGCACCCGCCAUUACGAGGAUGAGAGCCGGAACCGUCUGCUGAUUGCUGAUAAAGCUGAAGCGGCCUCAUGGUUCCUACCCGAGCGCAUCAUGGAUAAUCACUAUGCGCGGAGGAUCCUUGCUAUUAACCGUUUUGAGGAUGAUGGCAAUAAUGAUGCCGAGGUCGCCUUUUGGGAGGAGUCGCUUGGUAAUCGUGAUCCUUUUUGCCCAGCCAUGGAGGAGCCUAAAGAGAGCCGGUCUGGCAGCUUUCUUUGCAUCGACUGGCAACCCCGUAAGGAGACAUGGCAGUUGUUUAAUGGUAUGCCCUACUCCCCCGAAUUUCGUGUUAGUUUUCAUGUUUUUGGGUUUGAAGGUUUUGGGCCUUGCUGUAUGGAUAUGGUGGAUGCGAUCGAAAUAUUCUACAAUCAUUUUAUACCUGAUGGCCUGCUCGAUCGACAAUUGGAGGAGGCUAGAAAAGCUUGA